CCUCGACGCAGCGCUCAGGAGAGGUUUGUGUGACGGCGCUGAUUUCAGACUCUGAUGAGGCCGAGACAAGAUGGCAUUCUACGAAGAGUCCAGGGAGGAUCAUCAGUUUGGUCUUGGCGUCAAGGAAGAGAGAGAUUUCAUGGAAUUGGAUGAUGACAUCAAAGACAUAACUAAGGAGGAACUGGAAGACUAUGAUACAGGGGGAACUGGAAUAUCCUCGAGUGGAGACCAGAGUAACACAGGCCAUAAGGUUUGCAGUGUUUGUAGGAGCAGCGCGAAGAGUAGUCACUUCGGGGCGCUGUGUUGUGAUCCAUGUAGGGCGUUCUUCAGACGGAGCGUCCAGAAUAACCUCUGGGAGACGUUCAUCUGUUUCAAGGACGGUCGUUGCGACAUCACUAAAAACAGGAGAUCGUGCCAGCGCUGCAGGUUUAAGAAAUGCCUCAGUUCAGGGAUGGACAAAUCCCUCGUCAUGACUGAAGAGGAGAGGAAGGCUCUCAUGAAUCGAAAGAUCGAGAGACGGAAACAGAUUGCAUUAGAGCACCAGAGAUUUGGAGGGGCUCCACAACAGACCAGUUUUGACACACAUGAAGAACUUAAUGAUGCAUCUAGUCAUAACCCUGACCACGAAGACUACGGACGUUCUACUGACGUGCAGCAAAGUAGAACAAACCCAGUCGACGAGUACGCUGUCAGUAAAAUCAUUGACCUCCAGAAGCUCCUCCGAAAGUGUCUCACCUUUCCUGAAUUUCCGAACCACCAUUACGAGAGAGAUCCGGACAUCAUUGAGAAUCUCUUCAUUGUUUUCUGCAAAAAUAUAGGAAGAUUUUUUGGCUCAGUUCCUGAAUUCAGAGAGUUAGAUCCUGCUUAUCAGGGGUUGCUCCUAAAACCUGCUGUGGCCAAGGCCAUGUUUAUCUUUGGCACUCACCAGUACGACCCCACCUCUAAUUGUUGGCCAAGGGUCCCCCUGAGUCCUUCAUGUAAGUUCCCUAGUAUUUCAAUGUCUGAUAUGGAAAGUUUCAUUGACGAUGAUAUUACAAUGCGAAAAUGGAAAGCUUUCAUCGAAAAAUUUCUUUUGUUUUUCUCUGAUGAAGUGGUCACACUUUUAACUCUGGUCGUAUCCCUCUUCGAUUAUAAAGAUUCCAACUUCAUGUUCGUCUCAGAGAUAGCCCUUAGACAGGCCAAAUACCUUCAGUUAUUCAAAUUCUAUUUGCAAAGGAAACAUUGCCAGACUUCGAAUACUAUGGCAUAUCUCUCUUAUCUGAAGACUUCUUUAACGUACGUUGAGGAACUGAAGGAGUGUUUUCAAAGCUCGACAACUGAAGAAAAUGAAGGUGCCGAUCAGGAUGACAGUACUUGUCCAUUUUCAGAGUCUUUGAGUAAUUCUGAAGGGAAUGGCAUCGCUGCCACACGUGACCCCCUGAUCCUAGAUGAUGCUGAAGGUUUUUCAUUCCUGCCUGCAGUUAGCACAGAUACAAAGGAGAUGAUUUUUUAUAACUCUGAGUCACCUCAAGUGAUGCCCUUACCAGUUAAGGAUGAGAAGGAUUAUAUCUCUAUUGGUUACCCUCCUUUAUGAAUAGAUUACUUUGAGAAACACAACCUCACUUAUUGAUUUAGCAGCUUUGGUUAUUUACAUUUCUUACUAAUUCUAGUAAAACUGAAAUUGUUUUGUAAAUAAUAAAAAAAAUAGAAAAGACUGACAUAACAGAUGUACAAGUUUCAAAGAAGUUAUUUAACACAUCGUUAUACAGUGGAACGUGCUAAUCGACGUUCAAUAGAGGAUCUAGAUCUCUCUUAAUUAAGAUUUUUACAUACCAAACCAUUUAUCUAAACUCAUUAGCACUUUUUAAAGUAGUAGUGAAUGUCUAUAAACUUUUCCGUAGUUUUUUAAAGAGCAUGAUCCUAAAAUCCUAAUAUGUAUAACCUUCAAGGUGUGGUGAGACACUUGUCUGCGAUGCAGACAAAAGUGCCAAUAUGUUAAUCACCUCCCUUGACAAAAAUACAUGAAUUCAGUCAAAUAUACGAGCAGGAAAAAUGCAUUACAAUAAGAACGGUUACCUGGUAUUUUUCAUGUUCUGAUCUCAAAUGGAUUGAAUGUAUUAGAAUGAAGUUUCUUUUGUCCUGGAGAGAUUUACUCUUUUAG